AUGUCAUUCUCCGCCAUUGCCUCGUACCACACCAGCUCCGACCUCUUCGACCAAACCUAUGAGGAGCUUGGCAGCGAUUUUUUUGACCAGUUCCUCACAUUCAGCCCUCUCGGAAAUGAAACUCUAGAAUACCCCAGCUUACCAGACUCGACGUACUUGGAUACCAGCAACAGCCAUUCUGGAGGCACGUCUCUAGACUCGACAGACGAUGAAGCGAAACGUUCAGUCAUCGAUAACGUUUGGCAAGGCAAUUCAUGGGCGUUCACCCAGGAUGAAGCCUCAUUACACUCAGCUCAAGGCAAUGCUUUCUACGCAGAACUCUCCGGCAGAGCCGCAGUAUCUGAUAGCGAGCUACUCAGCCUUGGGGCUAUCAGUCUAGACUCGCCUCAAAUAGCCAGGUAUUCCCACAACUCCGUCCCCUCCUCUCCAUCACCUAGCGCUACACUUCUUGAACGAAGAAAGAGUCGCCUCGUUGAGUCUUUAACGAAGACAGUCAGAAAAACAACUGGAGCAAUUGACAGAAGACUGCGAAGCCCUAUCCGAAAAUCCACAUCAUCGCUAGCAAUGAAGCGAUCACACAGCAACGAAACCGAUAACUGGAGCCAGAAGCUCGCACUUGAUGCUACGAAAUUCAGCUUCGAUUUCGAGAAAAGUAUCGCUCCUCUCACACCACCACCUUCUGCCCGAAUCUCUGAUCUCCCCGACUAUUUGAAUUCAGCUAGCACAAAACAAAAGCCCCUAAAUGGCUUUUCGGACAACAGUUACUUGAACAAACCAAUUGAUCGCCAGGCUGCCUAUGAUACGCCGCUGGCGACUCCGACUUUGGGUGCUGAGCACACGAUAUCGGUAAGCUUCCAGCAACCACCUUCGGACUUCUUCCCAACCACCCCGCAACCUCAAAACGUCUCAGCACCCUGGUCACAGAUCCCUGGCUCAUCAAAAUUCACCGCGUAUGAAGCCUCAACUCUAUGCCCGGCGGAUAUUGCCGCGCCAGUAUGGUGGACCAAUGCUGCAACGGUACCAAUGGCACAACCAUCACCCUCAAGCUUCCACGCCAACCCCCAGCGAGCUACAAAGUCACUCGUAACGCAACUUCAGAACGGCCUCUCAUACAACGGACACGAGCUUGCCUUCGAUCCUUCCAAGAUGGCAUCCGGGCUCAUGAUCCAGAUGCCCGGCCUUGCCGCCCAGCAUUCCUUCGUCAUGGGUACUUCGCCCAUGAUGCGGCAAGGCUACUUUACGGCUUCCCGAUCCCAACCGCAUUGUAAUGCCGCAAACCGCAAAAGAGCACACGCCCCAUCUAGGCAACCACAAUCAUCUACUCCGAUGCGAAAGAGCCGCUCUGGAUCAAGCGAUUACGAGUCGCCUUCUCCUACCUUCCAGGUCAGGAAGCGAAAGUCACCGAAGCACAACAAGAACUCAACACCGCGUGCACCGUCUACCCUAGGGACUGUUGACUUUGUCAACUUCACUCCUAGAGAUAGCAGGAAAAUUCUGACUGGAGUUGCGCCAAGUGGCUCAUCUAAGACAAAAGCGAGAAGGGAAAAGGAAGCUUUGGAGAAGAGAAGGAAGCUAUCACAGGCUGCGAUGAGAGCCGUGAGAGAAGCCGGAGGAGAUAUCGAGAGCCUUGUCAAACAAGGACUCUUUGUUUGA